AUGGCCACUACCCGUCCCCGCCGGCUGGCGCGUCAGGUUUCGAUUGUCGGCGCCGGUUUGUCGCAGUUUGGAGCAUACCCCGACAAAUCCAGUCGUGACCUGUUUGUCGAAGCGUUUCACGACAUGCAGGACAAUAUUGACCAGGGGAUUUCGGCGCAGGACAUCGAGGCCGGUUAUCUGGGUAACUACUCUGCUGAUCUUUUCGAGCACCAGGGUCACACCGCCCCCAUCAUGGCUGACUGGCUGGGGAUGACGCCGACCCCCAUCACCCGUGUGGAGAAUGCCUGCGCCAGUAGCGGCAGCGCACUGCGCGAGGGCGUGAUGGCAAUAGCCAGCGGCAUGUACGACGUGGUGCUGGUGGGAGGCGUGGAGAAGAUGACCUCCCUGCCUACCGAAGGGGUUACUGACGUGCUGGCGUCUGCCGCCGACGGGCUCUACGAGGUGCCGGCCGGGCUGACUUUCCCGGGCAUCUUCGGGGCCAUCGCCAAGGCUCACAUGGACCGGUACGAAACCAAUCUGAAUCACCUGCUGAAGGUUGGAAUCAAGAAUCACGAAAACGGUAAACUCAAUCCCAAAGCACAGUUCCAGGUGACCGUCCGAGACAUGAUGGACCGACGCCGGAUCGCCUGGCCGCUGCGUCUCUACGACUGCGCUCCAAUUACGGACGGGGCAUCGUGCGUUUUGCUGGUUGCCAGCGACAUCGCGAGCCAGUUUACCGACAAGCCGGUGCAUGUGGCCGGUAUGGGGCAGGCCACCGGACGUCCACUCCACGACGCCGAGGAGCUGACAUCUUUGUCCGCCGCCAAGAUUGCUUCGGCAGAAGCCUACGCAAUGGCAGGCAUUGGCCCGGAAAACGUCGGGGUGGCCGAAGUCCAUGACUGUUUUACCAUUGCCGAAAUCGUGGCGAGUGAGGAUUUGGGCUUCUUCGAGCCGGGCGAGGGUCCUCACGCAGUCGACGAGGGCCGUACCGCUCGCACCGGAGACCGGCCCAUAAACACCAGCGGCGGCCUGAAGGCCAAGGGCCAUCCGGUAGGCGCCAGCGGCGUGGCACAGGUCAUCGAAGUGUUCAAGCAGUUGAGGGGCGAAGCGGGCGCGCGUCAACUGACCAGUCCCGACCUGGAGUUCGGAUUGACUCACAACGUGGGCGGCACCGGCGGCACGUGCGUCGUCAACGUGCUGCAACGCGGCUAG